CUCCUCUCCUCCUCACGACUUCCUCCGUGAUGUCUUGAUUCUCGCCGGAGAUCAAAGCCGGUAAACCUGAUGCUAGGAGCGCACCGUUUCACGCCACAAAAUCUAAGAUGAUGAGAACCGUCAACGACAGCGUUGAGACCGUGAACGCCGCCGCUACUGCUAUCGUCUCUGCUGAGUCUCGAGUCCAGCCAGCCGUAGUUCAGAAGAGACGAUGGGGAAGCUUUUGGCGCCUUUACUGGUGUUUUGGUACUUCUGGAUCUCAUAAAAACAGCAAGAGAAUUGGCCAUGCUGUCCUAGUUCCAGAACUUGUGGGACCAGGAGCUUCAGUCCCAAAUGCUGAAAAUGUGGCCAACCCAACUGGCCUUCUAGUCCCCUUUAUAGCCCCUCCAUCAUCUCCUGCAUAUUUCCUUCAAUCAGAACCACCAUCUGCCACCCAGUCACCUUCUGGAUUACUAUCCCUCACUUCUCUUUCUGUCAAUGCCUACUCUCCUGGUGGACCUACAUCCAUUUUUGCCAUAGGCCCUUAUGCACAUGAAACCCAGUUAGUUACACCGCCUGCGUUCUCUGCUUUGACAACUGAACCAUCCACUGCUCCAUUUACUCCACCUCCUGAAUCCGUUCAGCUUACUACACCUUCAUCCCCUGAAGUUCCAUUUGCAAAACUGCUGCCAUCAUCAUUGGAGCAUGCUCGAAGAAAUGGUGGGACCAUUCAGAAAUUCGGAUUAUCACAUUAUGAUUUCCAGUCUUAUCAGUUCUAUCCAGGGAGCCCUGGUGGCAAUCUCAUAUCACCAGGGUCAGCAAUCUCCAAUUCUGGUACCUCUACUCCUUUCCCUGAUAAAUACCCUAUCCUUGAGUUCCGAAUGGGGGAGGCUCCUAAGAUUUAUGGCUUUGAGCAUUUCACCACUCAUAAAUGGGGCUCAAGGCUUGGUUCCGGUUCAAUGACCCCAGAUGGCAUGGGGCUUGGUUCAAGGCUUGGUUCUGGUACUCUGACUCCAGAUGGUAUAGGCCUGGGUUCAGGGUUGGGUUCAGGAUGUUUGACACCCGAUGCUGUAGAUCCUGCCUUACAAGAUGGUUUUCCUCCUAACAAUCAGAUUUCAAGCAUGGCAGCUAUUGCCUACUCGGAGAAUGUAUCAAAAGGUGAUGAUAUUUUAGUCAAUCACAGAGUCUCUUUUGAGUUGAGUGGUGAAGAUGUUGCACGUUGUUUCGAAAGCAAGUCAGUCACACCAACUAGAACCGUGUCAGAAUGUCCAAAGAACAUGGUGAUAGAUGGCAGGUCGGAAACAGAUGGACUGUCAACUGAUCAAGAAAGUAGUUGUGAAGUCUGUAUGAAGGAAACUUCUGAAGAAUCAUUCAAUAAAGCUUCAGGAGAAGCAGAAGAGGCUCAUUGCUAUCAGAAGCACCGUUCUGUUAGUCUGGGAUCAAUAAAAGAAUUCAACUUUGACAGUACAAAAAGAGAAGCUUCUGAUAAAAUCACCAUCAGGUCUGAAUGGUGGGCCAAUGAAAAAGUUACCGGGAAGGAAACUCAGCCUGGCAACAACUGGACCUUUUUCCCAAUGUUACGGCCAGAGGUUAGCUGACACUGAAACUAUGUGAAAUAUAACUCAAACCUCAGCUAGUCAGCUCAUAGUGCUAAAGCCUCUAACCUUUCAGAUUUUGAUCUGAAGGUUAUAACGUUUUCAAAGUACAGCUUCAGGAGUCUGGAGAUGGUCAACUGAUGGUCGACUAAUGGCCAAAAUUCAGAGGUCAGAAGACUAUUCUAAUUUCUUAUCACCCCAAAGGUUUUCCAGCCAGGGAAUAAUUUUUAGUGAUGAUAUUUUGGGUGCGUAAUGGAGCAUUCUUUUAGUAUUUUUAUACCCAAUGUUAUACCCAAAAAAAAAAAAAAAAGAAGGAUUCACAAAUGUGUUAUUAUUAUUUUUUCCGUUCCAAUGUGUAAUAAAUUAGAUUAUCUUUUUCAGCACCAAGAAAUCUGAAACUCAAUUGAUAGUGUAAUGAUUGUAGCAUACAAAUGUUUGGUAGGGCAAAGAUUACUGAAACAAUAUUAUUGUAUUCACUGAAACAUAAAAUGCAGCCAUUAUG